GACGUUUCACACACAGUAGCGAACUGAGCCGACGGGGCCAGCUGCAGCAGUACUUGUCUAUCCAUCGUUUACCUAUUGCUAGCUAGCUAGCUGCCGUUCUUUGGAAUUAAACAUUAGAUUGUCACUGUACUCGUGUACUCUAAAAUAAAUUGUCUAUAUAUUCAACAAUGGCAAAGCCUUGCAGACAUUUUGACAUUACCCGUCUUUUUGUUCCUGUUAGAUGUCAGGUGUAACGUUAGCUAGCUAGCUAGUUAGCUUGGAACUUGCUAAUGGUAACAGCAUUGCCAGCCUGUAGUUUGUAGGGCUAGUAGUUUAGCGAAGAUAACAAGCUUAAUUUGCAUCCUCUCCUCCCAGACAUGGGGAUAAUAUUUACUAAGUUGUGGAGGCUGUUUAACCAUCAAGAGCACAAAGUUAUCAUUGUGGGCCUGGACAAUGCAGGGAAGACCACCAUUCUCUACCAGUUUUCUAUGAACGAGGUGGUACACACAUCCCCCACAAUAGGCAGCAAUGUGGAGGAGAUAGUUGUCAACAACACUCACUUCCUCAUGUGGGACAUAGGUGGACAGGAGUCACUUCGGUCCUCCUGGAACACCUACUACACCAACACAGAGUUUGUUAUAGUGGUGGUGGACAGCACAGACCGAGAGAGGAUCUCUGUCACCAAAGAGGAACUGUACAGAAUGCUUGCUCAUGAAGACCUGAAGAAGGCUGGCCUGCUGGUAUUUGCCAAUAAACAGGAUGUGAAAGGCUGCAUGUCUGUAGCAGAGAUCUCCCAGAGUCUACAGCUCACCUCCGUCAAAGACCACCAGUGGCACAUCCAAGCCUGCUGUGCCCUCACAGGGGAGGGCUUGUGCCAGGGCCUUGAGUGGAUGAUGUCACGACUUCGGGUGAGAUGACCACUGACCUGAACCAAUGAAGUGGGUUUUUGUUUCUACUCCUCCAUGACGGACGGACGGACAGGGGGCACUUGUGUGGUUGGUUGAUGGAUGCCCUCUGAUACUGACCUGGCAAGAAAAGACCUGCCAGAAAAUAUUUUUGGGGGGUGUUUUUAUUUAUUACACAACAUUUCUUCAGACUUCUCUGAACUGUGAACAAAAACAGAACCUCAAAGACUGAUGUGUAUUUACUUUUUUGCACGGUUCUCUUAUAAAGCUACGUGAAAGUGGGCUGGGUCUGAUUGGCUGGCGUGGGAAAAUGAGGUCUUUAGUUGUGUGAGAAAGGGAUCCUGCCCAGUGUGGCCUUGCAGUAUUGCCGGACUGCUUGUGGUGAUGUUUAACAUCACCCCUGUGUGUACAGCCCAGUAUUUACAGUAACUUUGUGCCUGCCUCAGAUUCCCCAAGCGAUGGUUGAAAAGAGUCAAUGUAGGGGGAACACCCAACUCAGCCCCUUAUUAUACACAGUGAAAUAAAGGGUUUUUAUCUGUUUCUGGUGAAUCAAAUGUGUCAUGAAUGGCUUAUUCUUAUGGAUGACGAAGAGGUAAGUUACACACUAAUUGCACACCUUCGCAUAAAUAUAGUUACUCUCUAACUCUCUUACUUUCUAAUCCAAACGUUAUUGAUUGUGCCUCUGAAUGUGCGUGGUUCUCCUACAGGCCUCUAGGGCGCAGUAUGUUCUAUGAGGACUCAUGUUUGCUUCCAAUUACAGAGUAGAAUAUGGACAAGAAGAGCGGGGAGGGAGUGGCCAGUAAAAGAGAAAAGAGGCUGGGUGGUAAGCAUAUCCCUCGCUCUGCGGAAGACAACGUUUCUCCCACAGCUCAGAGCAGUGACCCACUGCCAUGAAGUGGCCAUUUAUGUUUUAGAAAUAUGAGUUAGCAAUGUAGCACAUUUUUUGUAUGAAGAUGAAUGGAUGUCUUUACAUGUACUUACGUACUCCUAACAGCCCGGUAUCCAUGAACAAAAGA